GUUUUGCUCAAUCUUUGUGACAGCUUGACACAUUGUCUGCCUUCUUUCCUUCCGACAUCUUAAACUACGUGAAGCACGCGUUUUUCGGGUGUAAAAGUUUUUGAUUCACCAUGAAAUUGAACAAAAAUGUUUCGGCUUCACGACGCAAGAGCCGCAAACGCCAUUUCCAGGCCCCUUCCCAUAUCCGUAGGAAGUUGAUGUCGGCCCCCCUGUCUAAGGAGCUGAAGCAGAAGUACACGGUACGGUCGAUGCCAAUUCGUAAAGAUGACGAAGUUCAGGUCGUCCGCGGACACUACAAGGGCAACCAAGUAGGGAAGGUUGUCCAGGUGUACCGGAAGAAGUUCGUUGUCUACAUCGAACGUAUUCAGCGCGAGAAGGCAAACGGCACGAACGUCUACGUGGGCGUCCAUCCGUCCAAAUGCCUUAUCGUCAAACUGAAGAUGGACAAGGAUCGUAAAAAGAUCCUGGAUCGUCGUGCGGCUGGCCGUAGGGCUGCGCUCUCCAAGGACAAGGGCAAGUACACCGAGGAAUCUGCUGCUGCUUCUGCCAUGGAAACCAGCUCUUAAGCCUUUUUGUGUACCUAGUUUUGCAAGUCCUUGGGUAAGUUAAGAUAUGAUGAACGUUUACUUUGCAACGACCGUCUAAGUUUGAGUUACUGUUUUUGCAAAAUGAAAAUGUAAACAAAAUCCAAUAAAAAAUAGGUAAACAAAA